CGUUUUUCACUGUUCCCGCUGAUGAGAAAAUGGCGUCGAUGUUCAAGAAACCGAAAAGAAAUUUUCGCCAAAGAGUAGCGACCAGCGAUUCUGAUGAAGAAAAAAAUGGCAAUCAGAUGGAAACAGAAGAUAACCUCGACCAUAUUCAAAUCCUUCCUGAGCCGAAAAAGCCUAAAGAGCAAAAGAAAGACAAAAUACCGAAAUCUUCCUCCGUGCUGAGUUUUGACCACGAAGAAGGAGAUACAACUUUUCAAUUGAAGAAAUCUAGUCACAGUAAGAAAUUAGCCAAGCAACUCAAGAAGGAAUAUGAACAAGAGAAAGAGGUGGAAAGCAAGAAAGUUGUGGUGAAAACUGAAAAACCGUCUAGGCCUUUGACACCUGAGCAGGACAAACAUGUGGUGGAAGACAGAAUUAAGAAGCUGCGAGAGGACCUGAUGACGAUGAACGGAGACGAGGCGGCGGCCCUGGAGGACCCUGACAGUGAGGAAGAGGGGACAUUCAAGAAGAUGCUCAAAAGAGGCGAGAUCCCAGAUGCGACGACUAUUCACCAGAUUAGGAAGCAGCGUCAGAUGGCGAGAGACGCCGGCGACUUCAUGCCACUCGAUGACACUGUCAAGUAUGAGAACAGCAAGUCACGGCUAGUCAGAGAGGAUGAUAACGACAAAAGUGAUGAUGAUGAAGAUGAGAGGAUUGACUUCACCACUAACACUGGGGCCUUAGAUAGACAGAAGAUGAGGGACAACUUCCUCCGGGCUGAACAUGGCAGUGACGAGGGUAGUGACCAGGAGAGGGAGUGGGAGGAGCAGCAGAUACGUAUGGGGGUCUCGGCCAUACAGCAGGUGUCUUCAUCCAACGACCUCCUCAACAUGGAGCAGGACAGCCAGUCGAUGCCUGAUGCGAUGUACAACAACGGUUACCAUGGCAUCAAGCCUUUCCCUGGCGACGCAGUCAUGGCACAAGUACCUCGACGUUUGCCCCUCUCGGCCACUGAAAACAUUACCCUGGAUGGGCUUAUAAAACGCCUAAAAGAGAGGUUGAGCACAAUGGACGAGGUACACAGGGUUCACCGUCAGGAGGCAGACAAGCUCGAGCACGACAUGGAAGACUCAAAAGACUCAAUUGUCACUUGCGAGGCCUCCGUGCCUAGGUUGGAAGAACGCUUUAAGUUCUUCCAAGAAAUGAGGGGGUAUGUUCGCGACUUGGUUGAAUGUUUGAAUGAAAAGGUGCCCGUUAUCAAUGUGUUAGAAACGCGCAUGCACAAUGCGCUGCGCAAUCGUGCGGCCAAGUUUGCGAGUCGUCGACAACAAGAUAUACAGGACCAGUGCCACACCUACAUGACAAGUAAGGCCCCUGUGGUUGUGGACAAUGAGGACCAGGCUAGACAGAGGAGAAUUGCAGAACGAGAGGCCAGGAGGGCUAGAAGGAGACGUGCGCGUGAAGGCAAGAGCAUCAGUGGCCAUCACGAGGGCCUGUCUUCGGAUGAUGAGGAAAAUCAGUCUGAAAUUACAAAGUUUAACCAGGAAAGAGAUGAGAUCAUACAGAAGGUGGGUGAUGUGUUUGAGGACGUGGUGGACGACUUCAGUGACACAGGCUGCAUACGUGAGAGGUUUGCCUCCUGGAAGGCUGGCUAUGGGGACACAUACAGGGAGGCCUACAUAGGGCUCUGUCUGCCAAAACUUGUGAACCCCUUUGUGAGGCUCCAACUCAUAGCCUGGAAUCCACUGGAGGAGAACAGCAAGGACAUAGAAGAGAUGCCAUGGUUUGACUCCCUGCUCUUCUUUGGCUUUCAAGAGGAUGAGGCGUUAGACCGGGAGGAUGACGAUGUGAAACUGUUGCCAGCCAUUGUUGAUAAGAUAAUCCUACCAAAGGUUGCAUGUUUAGUUGAGACUGCCUGGGACCCACUGUCGACUUCUCAGUCGUGUCGCCUUGUAAACCUGGUCCAGAAAAUCCUCCGAGACUAUCCCACUGUCAAUGCUAAGUCAAAAAAUGUACAGGCUCUACUUCGAGCUCUUGUUCUCAGAAUGAAGAAGGCCUUAGAUGAUGACGUGUUUAUGCCAUUGUAUCAAAAAACUGUCCUUGAGAAUAGGAAUUCUGGCUCCAGUGUUUUCUUCCACCGACAGUCCUGGACAUGUAUCAAGUUGCUGGGUUCAAUCCUGUCCUGGCACGGCGUGGUGGCCACCAAGGUGCUGCAAGGCCUGGCCCUAGAUGGCCUGCUCAACCGCUACAUCAUGCUGGCCCUGCAGACUGCGCCCUUCAACCAGGAGACACUCGUCAAGUGCCAGGCGAUUGUGUCCACCCUGCCCAAGUCCUGGUUUGAGGGUCUGCAGGAUGACAAGACCAUCCCCCAGCUAGAGAACCUCUGUAGGUUCCUGGUGUAUGCAGCACAGCUGCUGGAUAAGGCUACAGAGACCGCGUCUGACACGCAGAGAAGAGAACUCAGGGACCAAAAGAAGAACAUCAACAAACUCCUUGUGAACAUUCAUGCAUUAGAACAUGCUUUAAAGUUGUCCUAGCUGACGAAUUCAAUGGAACUGUAGAAGUGCUGCAAACUUUAAUGUAACAUUCCUUGUGCUGGAAAAUAGCUGUCUGACAUGUGUAGAAAAUCCUGUAAUUGGAUUGGUUUACAAAUAGAAUGACAGCUUCUCAUGUAUUUAAAACAUUUGAAGUGUCAUAUGCCUGGCUGGAGUAAAACCAUGGGCAGAACAUUUUACAGACCAAUGAUUACAACACACAUAGGCUUUCAAGUUUUCAUGGAUAUCAGAUUUUUUCGAUUGGAAGUUUCAGGCGACUUGUUGGCAUCGUAAGAACAAGUACUUAACAAUCGUUAAAGUGAACAUCUAAUUUAUAAGAGCCUACAUAAUUAAGUGUAUAGAUGUUUAUUUAUUGAAGGUAACAAAACCUGCAGUGACAUGACUUCAAGCUUUAGUUUACUGUUGAGCUCAUUGGGACCAAAUAAAGAGUGACAAAAUGAACCCUUUCCCACUCAGAAGCAAACUUAAAAUGGCUAUGUCAGUCAGCAUAAAACCAGAACAGCUUGCAAGUAACUCACAGUCUGUUCAGCUGUUAUGCUGUUUUCUGGUCAUCAGUAUCUACAGGUCUAAAAAGAAGCCUUUAAAACUUAAAUCUAAAGGUCGCUGUGGUGUAUAAGGUCGCUGUGGUGUAAUGGAUAUGGUGUCCGCCUAGCAACCGGAAGGUCACGGGUUCGAUCCCCGCUGUGGGAGCGUUCUUUCGAUCUCCCAUAUAGACACCAAGUACUGGUUCUCUAGGCCCAGGAAACGGACUCGAGAGCAUUUCAAAUAAGUAGGAAUUACUUUCUAUGCAAUCAAGCUAAAAUAAAUAGGUUUAAACUAAACUAAACUAAAUCUUGUAAGAAAGGCCUUUAAUUAAAUUGAACUUUCUAAAGGACUACAAAUGUGUCAAAAUACAUGUCUAAGUGGUCAAAAUAUGUAUCAAAGUGGUCAAAAUAGGUAUCUAUUUAAAGUGGUCAAGGGUAAAGACUGUAGCUUAACUGGUGUGUUUGAAAGCAUUUAUUUCUUUAUUUCAAUAAUAAAACCUGUAGUAAAACUA